GGAGAGCCGUGGGCGCAGAGGCGCUGUAGGUGGCUCCCCCAGAUCAUUACAGAGAGGAAAAACCUGGACUCUGAGCCAUAGACCCCAGAUACACUGUAAAACUCUCGAAGAGGUGAUGGCUGUGGCCCUGGGUUGUGCAAUCCAGGCCUCCUUGAACCAGGGCUCUGUCCUGCAAGAGUAUGAUACAGACUGUGAGGUCUUCCGCCAGCGCUUCAGGCAGUUCCAGUACACAGAAGCUGCGGGGCCUCAUGAAGCCUUCAACAAACUCUGGGAGCUUUGUUGUCAGUGGCUGAAGCCAAAGAUGCGUUCUAAGGAACAAAUCCUGGAGCUGCUUGUGCUCGAGCAAUUCCUAACCAUUCUCCCCACAGAAAUAGAGACCUGGGUGAGGGAACACUGCCCAGACAAUAGAGAAAGAGUUGUGUCCCUCAUUGAAGACUUGCAGAGAGAGCUUGAGAUACCAGAACCACAGAUUGACAUGGAUGACAUGCUCUUGGAAGAACUGGCACCAGUUGGAACAGUACCCAUGCCAUCCACCUUGCACCUGGAGGCACCUGCGCUCCAAGUAAUGGAACCUGUCCAGGAGCCCCCGGUGCCAGAUGCCUGGAUGCCACAAGCAGGGCCACAGGAGCUGAGCUACAGUGCUAAUGGUGAAUGCCAACCCUUUCUGGACCCUGGUUAUCAGUUACCAAAGCUUGACAUGAACUUCCCAUUGGAUCAUAGAGAAGAGUCAUGGGUAAAAGAAUUACAGGAUCCCAAAGAUAUGAAACAAUUGCUUGAUCCCAAGAUUGGUUUUGAGAUGGGGCUAGAAAAUGAAGAGGAUCCUUCAAAAGAGAAAAAACUGGAAGAUAUGUACCCUUUUGUGGUAACUUUAGAAGGGAAUGCUCUCCAUGGUCCCAUCCUGCAGAAAGACUAUGUGCAGUUAGAAAACCAGUGGGAUCCACCCCCAGAGGAUUUACAGACAGACUUAACCACACUUGGAGACCCUCAGAACCCCACUCUAGGAGAGACACCUGAGACCUCCAAUUUGGAAGAACCUCUCAGCCCAAAGCCUCCAAAGAAAAAGAGUCCUGGAGAGAAACCUCACCGAUGUCCUCAGUGUGGAAAAUGCUUCGCUCGGAAGUCCCAGCUUACUGGGCACCAGAGAAUUCAUUCAGGGGAGGAGCCUCACAAAUGCCCUGAAUGUGGAAAAAGGUUCCUGCGGAGCUCAGACCUAUAUAGACAUCAGCGACUUCACACCGGAGAGAGACCCUACGAAUGUACUGUAUGUAAAAAGCGGUUCACUCGGCGCUCACACCUUAUUGGGCACCAGAGAACCCAUUCUGAAGAGGAAACAUAUAAAUGUCUUGAGUGUGGGAAAAGCUUUUGUCAUGGAUCGAGUCUUAAAAGACACCUGAAAACCCAUACAGGUGAAAAGCCCCAUAGAUGCCAUAAUUGUGGAAAGAGUUUUAGUCGCCUGACGGCGCUCACUUUGCACCAGAGAACACACACGGAAGAGAGGCCCUUUAAAUGUAGCUACUGUGGGAAAAGCUUUAGACAGAGACCGAGCCUUGUAAUUCAUUUGAGAAUCCAUACAGGGGAGAAGCCAUACAAGUGCACUCACUGUUCUAAAAGCUUCAGACAGCGAGCGGGCCUUAUCAUGCACCAGGUCACACACUUCAGAGGACUUCUUUAAGAACUCUUAAGGGAAGCAGGUCCUAUGACAGUUACCAUUGGAGCCUAUAGGAGCUGUUUGUCUUAGAAGCCUUUUGUCUGAACUUACAAGUACAGGUUUGAUGGUGCUGUUUUUAAAGCCCAUCUUUCAAGGUGUAGGAGUUCUAGAGUGACUACCUAUCCUUGCAGUUUUUCUGAAUUUCAUACAUUCUGUCUUUUUUCUGUUGUUUAAUUGCAAUGGAAAGUUUUGAUUCCAAGGCAGUUAACUGUAUGAUAAGCACAAAGCAUAGACAUGGUGGCAGUCGUUUAGAGAUAGGACCAGCGUAAUGGAAGCACAGCGUCUGCCGUCCCACUGCCACACCUCUCCCCUCCGGAGUUGCUGAAGGCAGCUGUGUGAGAGUGGCCACUCAGAUAGACAUGCCUCGUGUGACAAGAAAUGAGGCAGUGAAUUUUGUCUAACAAUACAAACGUUUCAGGAGGAUUAGGGAGAGAAUGCCAUUGGCCGAAGGAGCAGGCUUGUUUCCCUUUCCAGUCUUAUGCUUAGAGCUGUGACAUUGAGCUCGGACUUUUGUGGGGUUUGCUGCUCUGCUUAGCUGGCCAUCUGGGGUAAUGGGGACUCCAGUGGAGUUCUGUGCUUCUGACUGCUAGGUCUAGCAGAAGUAACUCACAGUUGAAGUUGUACAAGUAGAAUCUCUCUUUAUCUGGAUGGACUGAAGAACAAGUAUCGUGGCUUUUCGUUCUGCUUUGGUAUUCUCUCACGUUUAUUUCAGUGCUUUUGAAACUGUGUUCAUUCUCUAUUCAGUGUCUCCCUAAGUAUGUGUCAUAGAAAACUUCGUUCUGCAAAUCUUUGUGGAAACUGCUUCUAGCUUUUGUCCUUCCUAGAUUCAUGAUGCUCAUCAGCAUAUGAGACUCUUGGAAAGGGCGUAGUUUAGUAAAGGAGGCUAAGGCACCUCUUGUAGCUCGGUGCUUUCCAAACUUAUUUGACCCCUGAACCUUUGUCAUGUACUCGUAGUAAUAGCUUGCAGGACUAUUCUGCAGGUAUCCCUUGGGACACACUGCCUUAAACCAGUAUGUCUGUAGCUAUCAGUGUAGUCCCGUAGCUCUAAACCUAGUUAUUUCCAAUUUCAAGGAUUUUAUGAAAAAUCAUUUGAAAAUAUACAUCUUUUGUAUUAUACACACAUCAUUUCAAGGACAUUAAGAUCACUAAGUGACAUAAUUUGUGGGUUACUUAAUGAUUUGCAGCCUCUGAAUUUUAAUUAUACUUACACAUCAUUUUCAGAGAUGACAGUCACUACGUCACAUAAGUUAUGAAUUACCUAGUGAUUCUUGAUCUUUUUGAAUUUUACUCAUAAUCACACACACAAACACAUACAUACACAUACAGAGUUGCUACUUAUAUAAGUGUUCUAAAUGUAAUCAUAGUAACAACUCAAGUCUCAUAGUAAGGGAGAAAGUCAUUAUCAAUUGAAGCUAUUGAUAUGUGAAAAUACUCGUUGAGCUUAGUCCUUGUUAUUAGAUACAUGAAAUGGGACAUUCAAGUAUAUUCCCUUUAUGAAGAUGCACAGUCAUCUUUAAAGUAGAACUAAGGAAAAUGUAUCUCUUCAUUGCAUUCAAGUUCUUUGAAGUGAUAUGUAAGUAUUUGGCGGGUAUGUAUUAUGUGCCUAACUUGUCCUGUUCUAGUCUUAAUUGAAGCUAGUAACAAAACAUAAUUCAUGUGUAAGGCUCAUAAAACUUUAUAAUAUCUCUAGUUAAACAAGAGUUGGGAAAAAAAAUGGAGAAAAUACAAGAGAGCUUAUAAUUAAGUGCCAAAUCAUAUAAAGUGCCAGAGCCAGGAUGUGUCUUUAAUUCUUGGCAUCCAGGUCCCUGUAUGAUGCUGCUAAUAAUUCUGGGAUUAAAAUUAGACCCAAGGAACAUAGGAGGAGUCUGAAUGUAGAGAUUAAAAAAUACAGAAUGUAGUGGCUUCUCUUUCUCUCUUGUGGAAUUGCAUUUAAACCAGAACAGUGCCUUAGAAUGGAUGUGCCCAACCGCUCUGUAUUUAUACACUAUUUUAAUAAAAUGGAAAUGUGUAUGCUCUUUUUGAUUCUCUUGACUUGAAUAAUCAUUUGAACAAUUUAGAGCUGCUUCCCUAAGCGGGGACAACAAGCGCCCCAAUAGACUUCUCUGUGCCCAUCCCAAGUUGGACUCGCUUUUCUGACUGCAACCCUAGUGCUGUGGUUAGCUAGCCGGACCAGUGGCAAUUGUACUAUAAACUGUAUCCCCUCCUUUGUCUUUAUUGUGAGUAGAUUUAUACAGGGUAGAAAACAUUGUGGAAUUUUUGUUACUUACUGUGCCCUGUGUAGAAU